AUGACAAUACACACUUUUCUGUGUUUUCUCUUAAUACUUAAUAUUGCUAAUGCCUUAAAAUCUAAUAGGUUUAGUUCAUAUAUAUAUACUCCAAAAACAUUUUUAUAUAACAAUAAAAGUAUACCAAAUAAAAAGAUCUUACGUAAAUUUGUUAACAGAAUAAAAUUGGUGGAUGAUACAAUUAAAAGCAAUGAACAUAUAAUUAAAAUAACAGAUAAUGCAACAAAUAAAAUUAAGGAAUUACAAAAGGAAUGUAACGAUGAUUAUUUGAUUUUAAAACUAUACGUAGAAAAUGGUGGUUGUAAAGGUCUCAAAUAUAAAUUAAAUCCCAUAAAAAAGAACGAAAUUGAAGAAGAUGAUUAUAUACAACAAUUUGAUGAACUAAAAUUUAUCUUAUCUAUAGAUUCAACUAGCGUUAUAUAUAUUUAUAAUAAUACGCUAGAUUAUAGUAAUGAUUUAAUCAGUGGUGGAUUUAAGUUUAUUAAUCCAAACGCAACUAAAAAGUGUGGUUGUGGAAAAUCAUUCAAUGUGUGA